GUGGCGAAAAAAAAACAUCAAGAUUGAACAUGACCUUAUCCCUGAUGAAAUUGUAUGGCGAGACCGACAGAAGAUGCUAGAGCGCCAUGGAUAUCUUCUUCGGCCACGAUUUCGACCAGACUGGAUACCUUCUUGGUUGAAUACCAACAAAUCACCACUUCUGUUUGAAGAUUCCUUCUUUAAUCCUAUGCCAAUGAUUAUUGAUGCCAAGCGGAUGUCUGAUGGGACACAGGUUAUCAUUAAGGCGGUCGAACGAAACGCAAAGGAAUCAAAUAUCGGCUUGUACCUUUCAUCUGGUGAUCACGCAAAUGAUUCGGAAAACCACUGUAUCCCCUUUUACGAGAUUGUUAGGGAUGACGAAGCUCCAUCUCUCGAAUUUAUCAUCAUGCCCCUUCUGCGCCCAUUCAAUGAUCCUCCUUUUUUCAGUGUUGAUGAGGUGUUGGACUUUAUGCAGCAGACCCUACAAGGGCUAGGUUUUAUGCACAAACUAGGUGUCGCUCACAGGGAUUGUUCGGAUGAAAAUAUAAUGUUUGAUGCUGCAGAGAUGUACCCAAAGGGCUUUCAUGCAAGUCUCUGGAGUUUCGAUGCAGCGGGAAACGUGGCGCGUCCACUUCGUCGAAGUGACGUUCGUUCGGUCAAAUACUACUUCACGGACUUCGGUCUAUCAUCACGGUUCAAGGAGGGAGAGCCGCGAUUGGUGAGUGGGCGGGAAGGCCUGGACCAAGAUGUACCAGAACUCUCAAGCUUCAAAACGUACGAUCCAUUUGCUGUUGAUAUUUAUAUAUUGGGCAAUGUUUUCAAAAGGCAUUUAACUACGAAGUUUACCAAUAUUCAAUUCCUAACUCCUCUCGUCGAGAGCAUGACUCAACAAGUGCCAGAGAAGCGUCCAUCGUCAGCCGAUGCAUUAAAGCAGUUCAAUGAACUCGUCUCAGACAUCCCUGGAUAUGCACGAAGAUGGGUUCUUAAAGAUGUUGGGGGAGGAAAAUUAACGUCAGUCAUUCAGGAUGCGGGCUCGGUUCGACGCGAAUGCUUUUACAUUCUCAAAUCCCUUCUCGGGUCUCCUCGCCGGUUCUUGUUCUCCACUGCUCGGCCUUCAUGAUUUCCUGUUUAUAUACCUUUGAGAAUGUAGACAAUUAAGUCACUCCUUCUAUCGGAUUAAUUUCUAAGAACCACUGUUCUUGU